UUUCGUCCUAUAUUUUCCGUCGGAUUUUUAAAAGGGCACAAUUUGCAUCCCACAUGUACGGAAGAGGAUUAAGGCCACUGGAAGCAAAAAUAUAUAUAAUCGCGUUGGUGAUGGUGGCCAUAGGCGUGUACGCCCGCAUGAUGAAACAUGCAGAGGCAGCUCUAGCGUGUCUCUCAGUGGACCCUGCCAUGAUGCUGAUGGUGGUGGGAGUCCUCAUGUUUAUCAUCACCUUCUGUGGCUGUGUGGGCUCUCUGCGAGAAAACAUCUGCCUCCUGCAGACAUUCUGUAUCUGCCUGACUGUGAUCUUCAUGCUCCAGCUGGUUGCAGGGGUCCUGGGCUUUGUCUUCUCUGAUCGGGCUCGGGAUCGAGUGACUAGUAUGAUCAAUAAUUCCAUCGUCCACUACAGAGACGACCUUGAUCUACAAAACCUGAUCGACUUUGGCCAGAAAGAGUUUGGCUGCUGUGGAGGCGUGACGUACACUGACUGGUCUCAAAACAUGUACUUCAAAUGUGACAAAGACAACCCCAGCAGAGAGCGCUGCUCCGUCCCCUUCUCCUGCUGUAUCUUGAGCAAAGACAAGGUGGUUAUAAACACCAUGUGUGGUCAGGGCAUGCAGGAGUUAGAGUUUGUCCAGGCUGGAGAUUACAUCCACACUAACGGCUGCAUAGACAAGCUGGUGAACUGGAUCCACAGUAACCUGUUUUUACUGGGAGGCGUAGCACUCGGGCUAGCUAUACCACAGCUUGUCGGCAUCCUCUUGUCUCAGAUAUUAAUCAACCAGAUCAAAGACCAGAUUGAGCUCCAGAACUACAGCCUCAAGCACCGCUCCGACCCCUGGAGCUGACCAAAGCUGGAUCAAACCAGAAUUUGAUGAAAAGCGGCGAUGCUUCCAGGUUAAUGCCCAUUCUCUGACAGAACAUCUGUCACGUCUGCUUGGACCGAACAUUCAGCUUCAUUGGUUGUGGGCUUAAAAACACAAGACACGUGUUAGGCUAGAGAAUGGACAAACAUCUAAUGUCCUUUCAAAUACUUGGCCUGUAAGAAGCAAGCAUUGUCAUGGAAGUCAGAAAAACACAUAGAAGAAAAAUAGGACUCUGUCUCCACCUACUGGACAGGCUUGUGCUUAAAUUUACCAAACACUGUACAUUGGUGUCAUGAAAUCAGAUCCUUCUUUUUAUAAUGACAUUUUUAUAGAAUUUAAUGAAUGCAUUGUUACAGAGUUUAUUUUGUUUGCUUGUCUCCUCUGCACCACAGAUUUUGUAAAUUUUAUCUAACUGAAAAGUGUUAUAGUUUUUGAACAUACAUUAUUUUCAUAGACUUUUACAAUUGAAUGAUGUCAAUGCUCAACAAUGCUUCUCAAAGCUGCCAGCAUAUGUGAGUUUCCCCUGAUAUUUUCUCAACAAUUGUCUCAUAUGUGAUUUUUGUAGCUAAGAUGCUGGUUAAAAUACAACCCCAACUAAUAAAAAGAUGGGAUGCUGUGUUAAAUGUUGAUAAAAACAGGUUUGAGAAUCA